UAUGUUAAAACUCUUCGACUUGAAAGAAAAAACAGUAUAGUUUAUUGUUCUUUAGUUUUCUCUUAAAACAAGCCUCUUUAACGGUUGAUAACUCGCAUACCAUGUCGUAGGAUGUCUUCAAGUAGUAAGAAGAAGGAUCCUAGUGCAGUAAAUGACAGCUUAAAUGAGGAAGAAUCUAUGGAAAAGCCAGUCAAAAGAAAAAAGAAAGAAGAACUCAAAGAAGAUGGUCAAAGUAYGCCAAAGAAAGUCCAUUCAGCCAAGAAGAGAAAGAGAGAUGAUGAACUUGAGGAAGAAGAAGAUUUAAGCUUACCCGAAGAAAAUCCAGAUCAGCCUAAAAAAGCUACAAAAUGUGAUGAGGAAAAGAAAGAGGAAGUGCAAGUGCAAGUGCAAGAAACAGAAGCUAAAGCUGUGGCACAACCACAACGKGGACAAACAGUUGCCAGAGACCUUGGUCUUGUCCUUGUGACUCCAAACCUUUCCAAGGAAGAAGAAGAAGGAAUAACCUACUUGAAGUUCACCAAACUUGUUAGACAAAAUAUAGCUAAAGCUAACCCAGGUGCUGAGCAUACUAAGAUUAAUGCCUUGCUUGGAGCUAUGUGGCAAGACUAUAAACAAUCAAAAGAUCCUGGUGGAGACGCUAAUGGGAAGAARCCUAGAAGUAGGGCCAAGAGAGGUUCAGGGAAAAGAACAAAGCACAGAAAACCUGAUUCUGACGAUGACUUGUUUAUAAAUGACACUGAUGAGGAAAUAGACUUGGACAGUGAGGACAACGAACCAAUUGUUACAAAAAGCAGAGCAAAGAUUAAGCUGCCUUUUCUUAGUAAGCUGAAAGGGAAGUCUAGAGGAGAGAAAAAAGGCAAAGGAGAUGAUGAGAGUGAUAAAUGUAGCGAAUCAAGUAGUACAGCAAGUGGGAAAAGCCGAAGAAACAAAAUCAAAAACAAAAGGAAAAGGAAAAGUGAUGAGAAAGAUGACGAUGAAAGUGAUCAAAGUUAUAAAGAGAUACGYGUGAGCCAGUCCCGAAGGAAGGUGCAAAAGACUCGUUCUAUCAAGAUCAAAGACACGACAGUAAAACGAAGUAAAGACAAGAAGCGACACAGAGCUCGUGACAAUGAUGAAGUUAUGGGAGUGGACGAGCACCAGGAUUACUGUGAAGCAUGUGAUGAAGGAGGUGACCUCUUACUCUGUGAUACAUGUACCCUGUCAUGGCAUCUGGGAUGCUUGGCUCCACCUUUGGAUGAUCCCCCAGAUGGCAGAUGGAGUUGCCCUGUUUGUGAGGUUGAGAUGACAAGUACUUCUAGUGAGGAUAUCCACAGUGAUUACUGCCGUGUAUGUAAAGAUGGUGGUCAGUUGCUGUGCUGUGAUAAAUGUCCCAUGGCAUAUCAUCUAAAGUGUCUCAUUCCCCCCAUGAAAAGAGUUCCGUCUGGAGAAUGGAAAUGUCCAAGAUGCCAGAGUGAGCCACUGAAAGGCAAAGUAGAGAGGAUACUGCACUGGAGAUGGGUUACAUUACCAAUACCACCAGAUUAUCAAGCUAUAGUUGAAGAGGGCACUGAUGAGAAAGACAAAGAAAYUGACACUUACACAACAAGGGAAUUUUUUGUCAAGUGGCGUGAAAAAUCAUAUUGGCAUUGUUCUUGGAUCACUGAGCUGCAGCUUGAGAUACAACACCCAGAGAUGUACCGGGCAUAUUCCCGUAAAAACGACAUGGAUGAGCCACCAYUGCUAAGUGAUGAUGAGAGUGAUAGCCUAGAAGAUGGAGAACAGCCCAGCCCCAAAAAAUCUAAAGCUAAAGAAGAAGAUAAACUGAACUUAGAAGCAAGAUAUUACAGAUUUGGUGUCAGCCCUGACUGGAUGCAAAUAUAUAGGAUUCUUAACCAUAGGACCCAAAAUGGAAAACAAGAAUACUUUGUCAAGUGGAGAGAUGUACCAUACAGUUUAAGUACAUGGGAGAGCCCUGAAGACCCCAUAAACUCCCAGAUAAGUGAUUUUGAAGAGCACAUCAUAAAGUACCGUGCCCUCAGGGAAAACUAUGAUAAAAGACUAAGGAACAAGAAAAGCAAACACAAGAAAGGAAAGAAACAGGCAACAACUGCCGACCAAGCUGAAGAUCCUGAUCCUAAACCAGAUUCAGAACAACUGCAACAGCAGCAACUUGAACAACAACAACAACAAGCCUCACCUGAAGUCAAUUGCCGAGAAAGGUAUGAAGACGAUCCCCCAUUUAUCAAAGCCACAGGUGGAAAGUUACAUGAGUAUCAGAUGGAAGGACUCAAUUGGCUGAGGUUCUCAUGGGCUCAGGGCACUAACACCAUCCUGGCUGAUGAGAUGGGUCUAGGGAAAACCAUCCAAACAAUAGCAUUCCUCUAUUCACUCUUUAAAGAGGGACAUUGUCAAGGACCAUUCCUUAUAAGUGCACCUCUAUCAACCCUAAUCAACUGGGAAAGAGAGUUUGAAUUUUGGGCUCCUGAUAUGUAUGUAGUGACUUAUGCAGGUGACAAGGACAGUAGAGCUACUAUAAGGAACUAUGAUUUUUCUUUUGAUGAUGAUGCAAUCAGAUCAGGUCAUAAACCUCACAAACUAAAAAAAGAGUGUCCCAUCAAGUUCCAUGUGCUUCUGACGUCCUACGAGUUGGUUUCUAUUGAUUCUAACACAUUACAGUCCAUUGACUGGGCUAUGCUGGUGGUUGAUGAAGCUCAUAGGCUCAAAAACAAUCAAUCUAAGUUCUUCCGAUGUCUCAGUGACUAUGCCAUUGAUUACAAGCUGCUAUUGACUGGCACCCCAUUGCAAAACAACCUUGAAGAACUGUGGAAUCUUCUUAACUUCCUUGAUCCUGACGAGUUCACGAACAAGAAUAUCUUCCUUGCUGAUUUUGAUAAUGUGGCCAAAGAAGACCAGAUAAAGAAGCUCCAUGAUAUCCUUGGUCCACACAUGUUAAGGAGACUGAAGACUGAUGUACUCAAGGGAAUCCCCUCCAAGAAUGAGUUAAUUGUUAGAGUAGAGCUGAGCCCUCUACAGAAAAAAUAUUAUAAAUGGAUUUUGACGCGUAACUUUGAAGCCCUAAACACCAAGGGAGCACAACAGGUGUCUCUUCUGAAUAUCAUGAUGGAGCUGAAGAAGUGUUGUAAUCACCCUUACCUUUUCCAUGCUGCUGCUUUGGAUGCUCCAAGAACAGUGAAUGGAGGGUAUGAGGUUAAUGGUCUUACACAAGCUAGUGGUAAACUGAACCUACUUAUGAGCAUGAUGAAAAAGCUGUGUGAGCAGAACCAUAGAGUACUGAUUUUCUCCCAGAUGACACGCAUGCUUGAUCUGCUGGAAGAUUUCCUGGAAGGACAUGGUUAUAAAUAUGAGAGAAUUGAUGGGUCUGUGAAUGGAGCAGCAAGACAGGAAGCCAUUGACAGGUUUAAUGCUCCUAAUUCGCAAGCCUUUUGUUUCCUGCUGUCUACUCGUGCUGGUGGUCUGGGUAUCAACUUGGCAACUGCCGAUACUGUGAUUAUUUAUGACUCUGACUGGAAUCCUCAUAAUGAUAUACAGGCUUUCAGUCGUGCCCACAGGAUUGGACAAAACAACAAGGUUAUGAUAUAUCGCUUUGUGACAAGAUCCUCGGUUGAAGAAAGAAUAACCCAGGUUGCCAAGAGGAAAAUGAUGUUAACUCAUCUUGUAGUUCGCCCAGGAAUGGGGUCCAACAAAGCUACCAUCAUGUCCAAAACUGAAUUGGAUGACAUAUUGAAGUUUGGAACAUCACAGCUCUUCAAAGAUGACCUUGUUAAGGAAGGAGAAUCAGCAGACAGYGUAGUGUUCCACUAUGAUGACAAGGCAAUAGACAGACUGUUAGAUAGGGACCAAGCUGUAGUUGAUGACGAUGAAACAGAAGAGUCUAUGCUGGCUAAUGAGUACCUGGCAUCCUUCAAGCAAGCACCAGAAGAAGCUGACCAGGAUUACUGGGAAAAACUGCUGCGUCACCACUAUGAGCAGUACAGGGAAGAUGAGGCACGACAUCUUGGCAAGGGAAAGAGAAUCAGGAAACAGGUUAACUAUGUUGAUGGUGUCACUGAAGACAAUGAUGAUUCAGCAGUUUGGGCCAAGGACAUGUCUGAUUUCGAGAAUGAUGAUCUUAGUGGGAUAGAAGAUGAAGAUGAAUCUGAUGAGGAAUUUAACCAAAAGACUGAAGGUCGACCCAGAAGAGGAAGAGUUGCAAGAGACGAUGUUUUACCCCCAAUGCUUGCCAAAGUACAGGGCAACCUGGAGGUAUAUGGGUUCAGUUUACGUCAACGCAAAGCUUUCCUCAAUGCUGUCAUGCGUUACGGACUUCCACCGCAAAAGGAUUUUACCAAGUCACAAUGGUUUGUUAGAGACCUCCGUGGCAAAGGAGAAAAAGCAAUACAAGCGUAUUGUUCAAUGUUCUUACGGCAUGUGUGUGAGCCAGAUGAUGCGAAGGAUACCUUUACGGAUGGUGUACCUCGUGAAGGCUUACAACGUCAACAAGUAUUGACCAGGAUAGGCAUUAUGAGCUUGAUUCGGCGCAAGGUGGAAGAAUUCGCCCCUAUCAACGGUUGGGAUAGCACAGCUACUGGUGCUCCAGUCAAGGAGCCACCAUCCAGUAAAUCAUCCUCUAGAGUAUCUACUCCUGUCAAUAACGAUCCAGAUAUCAAAAAAGAUGAUGGAGGAGAGGAAAAACCCAUCAAAGAAGCAAGCACUGGUGCGACAGAACAAGACGUAAAAGAUGAUAAGGAAGAAGUGGAAAAGAAAGAAAUGCAAAAGGAUGAAGACGUCAAGAAAGAUGAUGAUGAGAAGGAAGACAAAGGAGAUGCGAAAGAAGAAGAAAAAGAAGAGCAAGAAAAUAAUGAAAUCAUCAAGGAGAAAGCUGACGGGGAAGAUAAAGCGAAGGAUGAAGAGGAACCCAUGGAAGUCCAGGAUAGUGAUGAUCAGGAAAAGAUAAAUGAAGAAGUCAAACAAGAAUCUAUAGAUGAAAAGGACAAGCCAGAAACAUCUGUCAAAAGUGAGCAAAUAGCUAUUGAUGAAGAUAAAAAGGAUGAAAAGAAUGACAUUAAAAAUGAGGAGAAGCAAGAGGAGGAAGCAAAGACCAAAAAAGAGGAAACUGAAAUUUCAGAGAAAGACGUUAAAAAGGAUGACGAGUCUAGCGCCAAAGACGACACCAAGGUGACCAAGGAAGAAGAAAACGAACCCAAGGAUGGAUCUCAAACUUCUGAAGAUAAACUGAACACUGAAGAUGUACAGCAGAAAGCUAAAGGUGCCGAGAAAACUGACACUGAUAGCAAGCAAGAUGUUCUUAAGAAGGCUAGUUUGGAAUCUCUGCAACGACCAGAUAGGAAGUUCAUGUUCAACAUAGCUGAUGGUGGAUUCACCGAGCUACACACCUUAUGGGAGGUGGAAGAAAAGAGGAAAUCAGACGACAUUUGGUGGCGGAAACAUGACUACUGGUUACUAGCUGGUGUUGCUUAUCAUGGAUAUGCCAGAUGGCAAGAUAUAGCAAAUCACCGCAUGUUUACUGUUAUCAACGAGCCAUUCAAGAAUGUUUCCCUGGAAUACAAAAACAGAUUUAUAGCUAGACGUUUUAAGCUUCUAGAACAAGCAUUGAUCAUCGAAGAACAGCUCCGACGAGCUGAUUCUCUCAACCUUAAGCAGGAGUCACAACAUCCUGCGAUGGCUUUAAAUGCCAGGUUUGCUGAACUGGAAUGUCUUGCUGAGAGUCAUCAACAUUUGUCAAAGGAAUCCCUGUCAGGCAACAAACCUGCUAAUGCAGUACUCCAUAAAGUGCUCAAUCAGCUAGAAGAGCUUCUUGCAGACAUGAAGUCUGAUGUAAACCGUCUGCCAUCCACCUUGAUACGUAUGCCAUCUGUAUGUGGUCGACUGAACAUGUCUGAACGUGGUAUCUUAAGUAGACUGGCCAAGUCAGGUGGAAGUAGCACAGAUCAUAAUACAUCUAGUACUCAGGCUGCAGGGUCCUCUGUCUAUUAUACUACCCAAGGAGGUAGUUCGUCACAGCCUCGUUACACCUCCCAGCCAUAUUUUACACAGGGUGGGGUUCUUUAUCAAGCAACUGGUGCAGCAACCAUUUCUGUUAAACCAACCCACCCUACCACUCUCCUGCUACCUGCUAAUGUUUCUUCUAACACUGGUCCUGCUCAUGAUGGAAGCAUAGUGGUGCAAACUGGAAGAGGAGGGCCCCCUAUGAUUGCAUCCAAACCAACACAGCCGUUGAUGUCAGCAACACCGACUCCAUAUGUCAAUACCUUGAUCACAAGUCCUGGUACCCCUUCCGUGCUGUCUUCACAGGUCCUACAGGUUGUUCCUCGAACAUCAACUCUUGCUCAAGGUCCCACAGCUGUGGCACAACAGCCCUUGGGUCCUGUGAUCAACAGUGUAUACAGUCUCAGUCCUUCCAGCAGUCCAUCUGGAACACCACGCAGCCUCACUCCUCCAAGCUCUUCAGGCAGCACCCAAGGGACAUCUGCUCCAAAACAACCUGUCUUGAGUAAAAAGGCAAGCGCUCUCGUAGACAAUCAAUUGACAUCGAUUAUCAGAAGCAAGGCAUCUGCUAUGGGUUUGCUACGGUCUGAAAGCCCUGGUAAUCCACAGAGUCCCUCUCAAAGUGAUGCACGCCAAAGCAGUACAGUUGCAUCGAAUAGUCAGUCAACAUCUCCAAGAAACCAGCGCCCUGAGAAUACCUCUGAGCAGUCUAAGAGCGGAAAGGAACAGAGGGACGAAAAUUCUCCAGAUGUUAUUUGUUUAGACUAAUGAUGAAAGAUGGUUAACAUUUGGUUGAAAAUAGCCCCUAGUUUGGGAUACCUACUCCUAUGGUAUCGCUAGCACUAUCGUCCUGAAAACGGGGUCUAAAAUCACACCAUAGACUUUUAAUAUAUUACACUAUAUUGUAUCCAAAUUUUCAGUACACACACGCCUUUUUACAUCAGAUGCAAAUGAAUAUCGUAUUACCAGCCAUUACCUUAUUUUAUGUUUGUUCACUGUGCGAGAACCUAGACCCUUUUCAGAGUUUUGUUGGAAAUAAACAAAAGACAUAAAAUGAAACAAAAGUUUUCAACAAAAAGUCUGGUUUCUUUCGAAUCCUAAGUUUAGGUUCGCACCCAGGGUAGUUAUGAAAGAGUAUUACAGGUUUCGCCCAUCUAUAACUAACUAUAAUAAAAUGACGAAUAAUCUGAUUGCUGUUAUAAAGAAAUAAAAUGUAAAUCUCUCACCAAG